AUGGUUCAGUUAAGCAAGAUGGCAAUUGUUCUAGUAAUUGUUGUUGCUGCAGCAGCAAUAUUUCAAAGCACAGAAGCUGCAGAUCACACAGUAGGGGGAUCCACUGGUUGGAUAAGCUCUCCUUCUGGUGGCGCUUCCUUCUACUCCAACUGGGCUUCCAGUAUCACCUUCAAAGAAAAUGAUGUCCUAGUGUUCAAUUUCGCUACCGGAAGCCACACUGUGGCAGAGAUUACUAAGACAAACUUUGACAGUUGCAACAUGAAUCAAAACAUCCAAGUCUUGGUAACAUCACCGGCUAGAUUCACUCUCAAUCGUACAGGUGAAUUCUACUUCGCAUGCAGCAUCUCAGGACAUUGCAACAGUGGCCAAAAGCUAAGUGUUAAAGUCACAGGCUCUUCACCUGCACCAGGAAAAGCUCCAUCUCCCGCUCAUUCUCCUUCUUCUCCUCGUCCUCCUGUGUCUGGAACCACCCCUCCUCCAUCUUCCAACGAAGGAGCACCACCUCCAGCAUCCCCAUCUGAGCCAGGUGCAACACCUCCUCCAUCACCUAGCUCCGCCACCUCUCUUGCUGCUGCUACUUUCUCGCUUCUUCUCACCAUCACUGUCUCAAACUUACUGUUUUAG